CAAACCACAAGCUGCCGAAGGAUUACGUUUAAAAUAUUGUGAAUCAAAACUGGAGAUCGAAUCCCGGGGCGGACACGAUGGCGCUUGCCGUAACUAUGGCUACCAUUCCCACCUGUUUGAACGUCAAGGGUUCGAUUCCCUCAAAAUUACGAAUUCCUCGGCUCCUACCAGCAUACUGGCCUUGGGAAACUGUUAAGAUUGCCAAAUUGACUGUAUCGCCAAUGGGAUUUGGUACAUGGGCAUGGGGUAACCAGCUAUUAUGGGGAUAUCAGGAGUCAAUGGAUGAUGAACUGCAGGCUAUAUUUAAUUUGGCUGUUGACAAUGGCAUUAAUCUUUUUGAUACAGCUGAUUCCUAUGGAACGGGUAAAUUGAAUGGCCGCAGUGAACAGCUGCUUGGUAAAUUUAUCCAGGAAUUUCCAGGGCCUAAGAAACUGCGGAGUAACAUCAAUAUAGCCACAAAAUUUGCAGCAUAUCCCUGGCGCUUGACAUCUGGGCAGUUUGUACAAGCUUGCAAGUCUUCUUUAGGAAGGUUACAAAUUGAACAACUUGCAAUAGGUCAAUUGCACUGGAGCACUGCAAAUUAUGCUCCUUUACAGGAAAGGGCCCUAUGGAAUGGUCUUUCAGAAAUGUACGAGAAGGGUUUAGUGCGGGCUGUUGGAGUAAGCAACUAUGGGCCACAGCAGCUGAUUAAAAUUUAUGAAUAUCUUAAAUCCAGAGGGGUUCCUUUAAGUUCUGCACAGGUGCAAUUUUCCUUAUUGAGUAUGGAUAAAGAUCAAAUGGAACUAAAGAGUUUAUGUGAUUCACUUGGGAUACAACUUAUAGCAUACAGCCCUCUUGGGUUGGGUAUGCUUACAGGAAAGUAUUCAACUUCCAGACUUCCACAAGGACCCCGCCGCAUACUCUUUGGCCAAAUUUUGCCAGGCCUGGAACCUUUGCUAGUGUCUUUAAGAGAUAUUGCAAACAAGAGACGUAGAACAGUUUCACAGGUUGCAAUAAACUGGUGUAUUUGCAAAGGAACAAUUCCCAUUCCUGGAGUAAAGUCACUGAAACAAGCACAAGAAAAUUUGGGUGCACUUGGUUGGCGCCUUAGUUCAGAAGAAAUUUUUGAAUUGGAAAGUGCAGCACGUGAGUCUCCCCGCAAAAUGGUCCAAAAUAUUUUCCAGACAAGAUGAUGCAGUGAGCUACUCUUGUUCAUGCGAUUUGUAGAACUUUUUGGAGAAAAUUGUGUAGCAAUUUCAUACAAAUUGCAUUAUAUAGAUUAUGAUCCUAGUGCUCCUACUCUUGUUCACGCUUUCUUACAACUUAUUGGUCAGCACUGAGGGUUGUAAUUUUUACUUAAAGAGUAGAAAAACAUAUUGCUACCUUUUUAUGGUUAGAAGAUUUGGAGUCAUAUCUUAGUCAUUGAAAAUCAAGUGAAUUAUUUGCCUAGUGCGUCUGGAUUGGAGUUGCUGUGAGUUUUGUGCAGCUCUUGAUCUUGUUCUUCAUAUAGUACUAUCCAAAGAUUGAUACCAUUGCAACAUCUAUUCAGCAUUAUGUAAGAAAUUGUAUGAACAUUGAAAACUAUUUAUUAGUUAACAAAUUUUAAAAGUUUUCUUAUUUUUUAAUCCAGGUCUUGCUCAUGUCAAGGCAUUCUUUCCCAUAUUUAGGAAGACUGGUAAGAUACUGAGCCUGAUUCAAUGAUAAAACAUGUUUCCACAAGGUCUUAUUCACAAAUAUGUCUUAAAUCUGAAAUUUUGGUCUUAUAUUUUU